AUACAUUCCCAUGCAAGGAUAGAUAAGGCAAUUCAACCCACCAACAUAGAGAACUCCACCCACAUCACCACCGCCAAACCAUCCCUCCAAUCUCCUCUUCAUUCCACCUCACCGGAAUCCACACCUACACCCAUUUAAAAUACCCAAAACACCCCUCCUGCCAAAAUUUAUUUACGGCAAAUCAUUACAUUAAUGGAAAAUCCAUUGUUUAUUAAUAACGCAAUCAGUUUCCAAUCUCGCUCAUCAUUUCUCUCUCUACCCCUCCUCAUUCCAGCACUCAAAACCCCCACAAAAGCUAGAGAGAGAAAGCUGAUUUACACUAUUUCCAAGUUCUACAAUACUAGUAGUAGUUUCGGAACUAGGGCGAUGCAUUCCGGCGAGGUCAAUGGGGCCUUGCGUAAUUUCAAGCUGAACGAAUCGACGUUUUUAGCUUCACUCAUGCCGAAGAAGGAAAUCGCCGCCGAUCGCUUCGUCGAAGCGCACCCCGAGUACGAUGGCCGCGGCGUGCUUGUUGCCAUCUUUGAUUCCGGUGUGGACCCGGCGGCGGAUGGGCUGAAAGUUACUUCCGAUGGUAAACCGAAGAUUCUAGAUGUUAUUGAUUGUACUGGGAGUGGAGACGUUGAUACAUCAACUGUUGUCAAGGCAGAUGAUAGUGGGUGCAUUGUUGGGACCUCUGGGAAUUCAUUGGUUGUAAAUUCAUCGUGGAAAAAUCCAUCUGGAGAAUGGCAUGUCGGAUGUAAAUUGGUUUAUGAGCUUUUUACCAGUACACUGACAGAUAGAUUGAAGAAAGAGAGGAAGAAAAGGUGGGAUGAGAAGAAUCAGGAAGCAAUUGCUGAGGCUGUAAAGCAGCUUGAUGAAUUUGACAAGAAACACACAAAGGUUGAUGACACAAACAUGAAGAAGAAUCGGGAAGAUCUCCAGAGUAGAGUUGAUCUACUACGCAAGCUGGCUGAUAGCUAUGAUGAUAAAGGACCUGUUAUAGAUGCUGUUGUAUGGCAUGAUGGAGAAGUUUGGAGGGCUGCUCUUGACACACAAAGUCUUGAGGAUGAACCAGAACGCGGGAAGCUUGCUGAAUUUCUUCCUCUUACUAAUUAUAGGCUUGAAAGGAAGUAUGGCAUCUUCAGCAAAUUAGAUGCAUGUACAUGUGUACUUAAUAUAUACAAUGAAGGCAAUAUUUUAAGCAUUGUUACGGACAGUUCUCCUCAUGGUACUCAUGUUGCUGGUAUCACCUCUGCUUACCAUUCAAAGGAACCUCUGUUAAAUGGAGUAGCGCCUGGAGCACAGCUGAUUUCAUGCAAAAUUGGAGAUUCACGAUUAGGUUCGAUGGAAACUGGGACAGGCUUGGUUCGAGCACUGAUUGCGGCUGUGGAUCACAAAUGUGAUCUUAUAAACAUGAGUUAUGGGGAACCCUCUUUGCUUCCAGAUUACGGUCGCUUUGUUGACUUAGUAAAUGAAGUGGUCAACAAGCACCGGCUGAUAUUCAUCAGUAGCGCUGGUAACAAUGGACCAGCAUUGAGCACCGUGGGUGCACCAGGUGGUACGACAUCAAGUAUAAUAGGAGUCGGGGCAUAUGUUUCGCCUGCAAUGGCUGCGGGAGCCCACACCUUGGUUGAAGCUCCUCCUGAAGGUCUUGAAUAUACCUGGUCUAGUCGAGGACCAACAGUUGAUGGGGAUCUUGGAGUCUCUAUAAGUGCUGCUGGUGGUGCCAUGGCUCCUGUUCCUACAUGGACUCUUCAACAUCGCAUGUUUAUGAAUGGAACAUCAAUGUCAUCUCCAUGUGCUUGUGGAGGGGUUGCUCUGCUAUUAAGUGCCAUGAAGGCUGAACACCUUCCAGUGAGUCCUUAUAGUGUACGGGAGGCUCUUGAAAAUACAUGUAUCCCAGUGGGUGGUUCUCCUGAAGAUAAAUUAUCUGCUGGACAAGGGUUGAUGCAAGUUGACAAGGCUUAUGAUUACAUUCAAAAGUUGCAUGCUGUCCCAUCUGUUCGGUAUCAAAUAAAGAUAACCCAAUCUGGAAAAUCAGCACCUACAUCACGAGGCAUCUAUCUCAGGGAGGCUGAUUUUUGUCAACGGUCGACUGAGUGGACGGUGAAAGUGGAACCAAAGUUCCAUGAUGAUGCUAGCAACUUAGAGCAACUUGUUCCCUUUGAAGAGUGUAUAAAGUUACAUUCCACUGGAGAGGGAGUGGUCAAAGCUCCAGAGUAUCUUCUCCUAACUCAUAACGGUCGCGACUUCAACAUUAUCGUGGAUCCUACCACUCUCAGUGAUGGUUUACAUUAUUAUGAAGUCUAUGCAAUAGACUGCAAAUCUCCAUGGCGUGGUCCUCUCUUCAGAAUUCCUAUUACUAUCACAAAGCCUCAAGCUGUGAAAAGUCGUCCUCCACUGACCGUAUUCAAGGGGAUGUCAUUUGUACCAGGUCACAUUGAACGGAAAUUUGUUGAAGUACCAACUGGUGCCACCUGGGUUGAGGUAACCAUGAAAACAUCAGGUUUUAGUACAGCUCGAAGAUUUUUCAUAGACUCUGUUCAGAUCUCUCCACUUCAAAGACCCAUUAAAUGGGAAAGCGUAGCCACUUUUUCCUCUCCUUCUUCCAAAAGUUUUUCCUUUCCGGUUGAGGGUGGCCGAACCAUGGAACUAGCAAUUGCUCAGUUUUGGUCGAGUGGUGUAGGAAGCCAUGAUACAACAAGUGUAGAUUUUGAGAUUGAAUUUCAUGGCAUCAGCAUCAACAAACAGGAAAUCAUACUCGAUGGGAGUGAAGCACCUGUACGUGUUGAUGCUGAAGCUCUUCUUUUGUUGGAGAAUCUUGCCCCGGCUGCUGUACUAAAUAAGGUGAGAAUCCCAUAUCGUCCUGUUGAUUCUAAACUGAGCACGCUUUCGGCAGAGCGGGACCAACUGCCUUCAGGCAAACAGACACUAGCGCUCUUAUUAACUUAUAAGUUCAAGUUUGAAGAGGGUGCUGAGAUAAAGCCUUAUAUUCCUUUACUAAACAAUCGGAUAUAUGACAAUAAAUUUGAGGCUCAGUUUUAUAUGAUAUCGGAUACAAACAAGCGGGUGUAUGCAAUGGGUGAUGUUUAUCCGGAAACUGCCAAACUUCCCAAGGGUGAAUACACUUUACAGCUUUACUUAAGGCAUGACAAUGUGCAGUAUUUGGAGAAGAUGAAACAGUUAGUGAUAUUCAUUGAGAAAAAAUUGGAUGAGAAGGAAUCCAUUCAAUUGAGCUUUUAUACACAACCUGAUGGCCCUGUAAUUGGUAACAGCAGCUUUAAGUCUUCAGUUUUGAUUCCUGGAGCAAAGGAAGCAUUUUAUGUGGCCCCUCCUGCAAAGGAUAAGCUCCCCAAGGGCGUUGCAGCAGGAUCUGUAUUGGUUGGGGCAAUUUCAUAUGGGAAGGUUUCUUUUGGGGUUAAUAAUGAGGGGAAGAAUCCAGAAAAGAACCCUGUAUCGUAUAGUAUAUCUUAUAUAGUUCCGCCAACACCGAUUGAUGUGGACAAAGGUAAAGGCUCUUCGUCAAGUUGCACCAAGAGUGUGGCUGAACAGUUGGAGGAAGAGAUCCGGGAUGCCAAAAUAAGGGUUCUCUCCAACAUAAAACAAAGUACCGAUGAGGGACGUGCUGAUUGGAAAAAGUUAUCAAUCUCACUUAAGUCAGAGUACCCAAAAUAUACACCGUUGCUUGCUAAAAUAUUGGAAGCUUUGAUAUCCCAGAACAACUUUGAAGACAAAAUUCAACAUUAUGAAGAGAUUGUUGGUGCUGCAGAUGAGGUUAUUGAAAGCAUUGAUACAGAUGAGUUGGCGAAAUAUUUUUCGAUUAAAAGUGAUCCUGAAGAAGAGGGUGCAGAAAAAACGAAGAAGAAAAUGGAUACCACCCGUGACCAAUUGGCUGAUGCUUUAUAUCAGAAAGGAUUGGCUUUAGCAGAGAUUGAACUACUGAAGGGUAAGAAAGUUGUGGAUAAAGAGGAUGCUAAAGCUGACGAAGGCUCUAGUGCUCAACCAGAUUUGUUUGAAGAGAAUUUCAAAGAACUCCAGAAAUGGGUGGGUGUGAAAUCCUCUCAAUAUGGUACCAUCUUCGUUAUACGUGAGAGACGUGAAGGGCGGUUUGGAACCGCACUAAAGGUGCUAAGUGACAUGAUCCAAGAAGAUGGCUCACCUCCCAAGAAGAAAUUUUAUGAUCUGAAGAUCUCAUUGCUGGAGGAAAUUGGAUGGGCCCACCUGGUAUCGUACGAGAAACAAUGGAUGAGUGUUCGGUUCCCUCCAAGUCUACCUCUCUUCUGAGGUAUUUAUUGCUUCUGUACACAAACCCAUUCACAAUGUAAGAAAGCUACCUUACUAGCUUUAUAAAUCAUGAUGAACUAAGUUUCCGAUUAGGAGAGGAAAAGGAGUGAAGUAAGGAUGAUCUACGACCAGCAUUAAUCGGAAACGACAAGUCUCAAUUUUCUCAAGUAGCAAUUAAAUCUCAGAUUUAGCUAGUUUGUCCCUAGGAUGUAAUAUUUACAAUUUAAUUGCAUUUCUAGGGCCACCUAACAUACUUGGGAUGCAAUCCAAUCCCAACAAUAAGAAAGGGACAGUGUUUUCUUUGGGUAUGUCGAAGGAUAAGCUUAGCAACGAUAUACGUUCUUGAAUGUAUAUGAAGUAAACGACAACCUCAAGAAUUUUGUAUGAAAGUUCUCAUACAUUAAGUACCGUUUCUUUCGGGAUUCAUAGUCAUGC